AUGUCUGGAUUUGCAGCUACUAUGUUACCUGGUGGAAUAACUGCACACUCAAGAUUCAAGCUUCCAUUUACCCCAACAUCAAUUUCUACAUGUGACAUCGCUAAAAGUGACAAGUUGGCUGAUAUUCUCCAUCAAGCUACUGUGAUUAUGUGGGAUGAAGCAACCAUGGCACAUCAAUAUUCUGUCGAGGCAUUCAAUAGGACUAUGAGAGAUAUAACGGGAGACGAGAAGCCGUUUGGUGGUAAGAUUGUUAUUAUCGGAGGUGAUUUCCGCCAGGUUCUUCCAGUUGUACCAAAAGCUUCAAGGGGGGAAAAUGAUUGA